UUGAUGGAAAACUACACCUACAACAGCCCCACAAUCCAGCUGGAGGGGUUAAAUGUCUCAAAAGAAUUUAUCCACCCACUCUUUCUCUUACUCUUUUUCUCCUAUUUGUUUAUAAUGGUAGCAAAUGUUGGCAUUGCUGUUCUUAUUUUCAUGGACAAAAACCUUCACCAGCCUAUGUAUCUACUUUUUUGCAACUUGUCAGUCAAUGACCUUCUUGGAAACUCUAUCAUGGUGCCACGUUUGCUUGUAGACAUGUUGCGUCCUCCCUCUGAACGCCUCAUCAGUUAUUAUGAAUGUGUGGUCCAAGCUUUCACCACACACAUGUUCAGUACGACUUCCCACACAGUGCUCAUGAUUAUGGCCUUUGACAGAUAUGUGGCCAUCUGCAAUCCACUGCGUUAUUCUGCCAUAAUGACCAACAACAUGUUAAUGAAGCUGACAGUUUCUGCCUGGGGAGUGGGUCUGUUGUUGGUAGGAACACUACUUGGUCUGACCCUACGGCUGAACCGAUGCAGGACUCUGAUCAGAAGUCCUUAUUGUGACAAUGCUGCCCUGUUUAAGCUCUCCUGUGAGAGUGUCCUUAUCAAUAACAUCUAUGGCCUCACUUUCACUGUAGUCCUGUUGACAGGGUCCAUAGGCAGCAUGGUCCUCACCUAUACUAAGAUUACAGUAGUCUGUCUGACCAGUAAGAACAAGUCUUUGAACAGUAAAGCCUUAAAGACCUGUAGCACUCAUCUGGUUGUUUAUCUGAUCAUGUUUCUCAGUGGAAUGGCUAUCAUUAUUCUGCAUCGCUUCCCUCAGUACUCAGACAGCAGACAAUUUGUUGCUAUUCUGUAUCAUAUCAUCCCUGGCAGCCUCAAUCCCAUUAUUUAUGGCAUACAGUCUAAAGAGAUACAAAGGUUUUUGUCUAGCUUGUUUGAGUCUAAAAGGAUUUUGCCAUCAUAA